CGUAGUUAAUGUUCCAUGUCCUUUUAUUUGAUAAGAAAGUUUAAUUGUAUAAUACAUUAUAUUUCAAAAUGAGCUACUAGUUCGGUUCACUAUGGUCGCUCACUCAUGAGCAAUCCGAGCACUAUUUGUGAACAAAAUCCAACAGUCUGGCAACGCCACAUAUUGUAUCAACAUGUGCUUGUAAGAACAGUGUACAAUUUAUGCUUUUAUAAUGGCUAAAAUUCUACAGAAAUACAUAAAAUUCUCCACUAAGGAGCUGGAACAGUACGCCGCCAAUCCGGAGUCAUGUGUGCGUUGCGUCAAGACCGAUCUCCAUCUCUCCAUGGGUCCGUAUGGCAUGACCAGCUUCAAGCACGCGCUGCACGAGCUGCUCAUCCGCACAAAAGUGGGCAUAUAUGAUGCCAAUCUGAAUGGUAUAGUACUUGGCAUAAAAAACAUCAAAGUCUUGGGUCAAACCGCAGCGCUACGUGCCGAUGAUCCCACGUUGCACCUGUUGAUUAAUGCUGAUUUCUAUGUCUUCCGACCUGUGCCUGGCGCCGUGCUCUAUGGUGUAGUGCGGCAUAUAUCCAAGCAUCAGAUAAGUGUCAUUAUCUAUAGGGUGUUCAAUACAACCAUAAGAUUUACAAAUAAAAAACAAAGCCGAGAUGGCAUUCUUAUGGAGCAGGAGAUCAAAUUUCGCAUCAAGGAUUUUGACAUAAGCAAUGUCAUGCCUUAUAUAGAGGGAGAGCUGCUGCUGGAUGAGUCCCAAGCGCAGAACAAAACUAUUAAGUUUGAGGAGGAGGAGGAGGGCGAAGAGGAAGAGUCAGCGCAUACAAAUGGACAUGAGGAGCUCGAUGCACUGGUGGAGCUUAUCAAACAAGAGCCCAGCAUAGAGCUUGAGGAGCCUGUAAAAAAGAAAAAAGGAGAAAAACGUAAAAAAGCUGAAGAAAAUGGCGAAAUUGCUGUCACAAAAGUGAAAAAAGUUAAGAAAAUAAAAACGGAACCCGUAUAGUAAUCGCAAAAUUUUAAAAUAAUGUUUUAAAUUUGAAGCUUACCUGUAAAUAUAAUACAGUGCAUAUAGAUAGUUCGGAUGUUAUUACGUACACUGCUUAUUGAUAAAAAUUAAAAAAAUAGUUAUGAAUUGUAUAAAAUAAUCAGUAACUAUUUCUGAGUUGCUGUUUAGAAAUAAUACACACCCCUGUGCUGAUUAUCAGGAUUGUACUUGAAUACAAAAUAAUAAUAAUAAUAUAGAAUAAUCUGUAAUAGUUACAUUCAAAUUUUUCUUACAUUAGUAAUUUUACUUACUUUUUUACCAACACCACAAGGACAAAUGUCAGACUUAGCUUAGUUUUGUUUUAUCCCAAUUGCCGGUUAUGUAUAGUAUAUUUGUUUAUUACAUAAUGUAUUUCAUACAA